UGCUUCCACGACCGUGAACUACCUCACCAUCACCAACUCUGAUCUGCUCUCAUCUGAAGACUUCAACCCACAGAUAUUGCUUUCAUCUAAUCUCGUUCAAAAUGAAGACUACCUCUUCCACCGCUGCCAUCCUUGCCACCCUCCUCGCCACUACCAUGGCAUCUCCCGUCCAGAAACGCGAGGUCUCAGGUUCGGUCACUCUCUUUCCAGAGACCAACUUCGGUGGCACAGGCUACACUAUUUCCUUCACCAUCGACGGCCAAGGAGCUUGUGUUGAGCCUUCUCUUCCAGCCUCCAUCGAUAACCAGGCCUCUUCUGUUCAGUUGAGCGGCGAGAACGCUGGGUUUUACUGCAGGCUUUAUGAGUGAGUUUCUCCUCUUUCCUCCAACCACCCUGUUUGUAGUGCGUAGGUCGCACAUUUUGCUAAUAUAAAUUGCAGCGGACCGAACUGCGAUCCAGAUUCGCAACAAACGUUCUUCUUUUCGACGAACAUUGUGGAUUUGGCGGAUUUAGAUCAACCAUUGGAUAAUGCGG